CUUCAUCACAAGACUUUUGUCAAGUGACAACGUAAUUUUGUUUUGAUUAAAAGGCACUUUAAUUCUACUUAAAAUUCUACAAGAAUAUCUCUCAUCAUUAGCCGCUCCAAAACAAAGAAUCCCAAAAAUUCGGCGACGAUCUUUUGGAUCGCGCCCAAAAAAAUAUGAAGGUAUUUUGACACAUUUUUGACAUUUUUUUGCAAGCGAAAUUGUCGAGUACUCAAACGUUUGUUAAAUUCUAGAGUCACAAGAAAAUUACUGUGCCGGGUAAAGGUCCGCAAAAAGAGCAGGAUCCAGCUUUAAAGAAGUUUUUUAAGGACUACAACGCGUGUUUUAGUAAACCAACAGGGACUUUUGGUGAUGCUGAGUCCUAUUUCAAGUUCACCUUAAGGAAUCACGAGGAUUUCAACCUAUUUAAAGACCUAAAAGUCAACGAAAGAUUACUUAGAUCCAGCAGAUCUUCAGAAAACUUAGCAAAGCCAAAACUCAAAAAAAGGUUUCUACUAUCAGCUAGAAGUGAUAAACCUCCACCUUUAGACCAAAAAAGCGAACCAAAACUACAGAAAAAAGCAAAGAAAUAUAAACCAAGAUUUAGGACUGAAAUCUCUAAAAAUUUCACUGCAGAUCCAAAGGAAGAAACUGAUUCAGAAGUAGAGGAAUUCCUAUCGCCCACUGGAGGUGACUACGAGGAAUCGUCAAAAAAACUCGUAGUUGACUUAUUUUUUGGCCAGGUAAAUGAACUUUCAGAACCUGAAGUAGAAGAAUCAAAGGAGGUAGCACCACCACAGGAAGUAACAACAUUACCGGAAGUAACAACAUUACAGGAAAUAGUUUCACCACCGGAAGCAGUCAAGAUGGCGGAAGACGAGGAUAUUACUGAAAUGACCACAACAGCUGAAGAUGUUUCAGCAGCUGACGGGGGGGAUGAAAUAGAGAAGGAUGCAAUUGAGAAGGAUGAAAUGGAGGAAGUGGAGGGGAUGAUUAAGCAGGCCUCCAAGGAGUUGGAGGAAGUUGCUGAGGAGAAUCAGAAACUGCUGGACGCGCUUGGAAAUAAAAAAGAUGAAGCGGAAGCGGAAGAUGAAGUAGAAGACGUAGACACCGGUUCAAUCUUCCAAUUUGAUCCCAAAGUCGACUCUGCAGUCAUGAGGGAAUUGGAAGAUUGCGAAAGACAAGCCAAAGAAACAGCAGGUGUCAUAUCAAAGAUUAAAAAGCGAGUGUCUGAACUGAUGACUAAGGAAAAAAUGAGCGAAGCUGAAGCUAAGGAGUUGGAGGCAAUGAACAAGGAACUGAGGUCUCAAAUGAUAAUUUUUGAAGAAAAAACUAGAAGAAUCCAACAAUUGAUUACGCAAGCCAAUUUGUUUGACAAUUAUAAAGCCCCAAGUCCACCAUUACCUGGUGAUGAAGAUAAAUUGCCCAAAGUAAUAGUAUGUGGUCAAACAGAAGAUAACAUGCCCAAAAUAAUUUUGUGUGCAGACAAAAAAAAGGAAAGCACAGGUUUUUCACUUGGUCUAACUCAAAAAAUGGUCAUGCCUUGUACUGCUCGAGGUAGUAGACCCCCAACUGCAUCCGCUCAAAACGGCAUGAUACCCUCAAUGGGUGGAAUGCCGCCACCACAAAUGGGGUAUGGAAUGCCGCAACAGAAUAUGAUGAUGGGUGGCAUGGGGAUGAUGCCUCAGCAGCCAAUGGGCAUUCAGCAGCAAUAUGGCAUGCCUCAGCCCCAAAUGAGGAUGCCUCAGCCCCAGAUGGGGAUGCCCCAGCAACAGAUGGGGAUGCCCCAGCAACAGAUGGGGAUGCAACAGCCCCAGAUGGGGAUGCAACAGCCCCAGAUGGGUAUGCAACAGCCCCGACAGCCGAUGGGGAUGCCUCAGCAGCCGAUGGGUAUGCCUCAACAAGGCUAUAACAGAAUGUCUCGAUCAAUGAAUGUCGUGCCUCAACUGGCGCAAACGUUGAACCAAAGUUUCUGCAUGCAGGAAAAAUUGGCAGCUGAGAAUCAAAAUUUGGAAGGAGCGAGGUAUCGGCUUCAAUCGGACUUGGCCACCAAAGAUACCACUGUGGAAUGCCUGCAGAAACAACUGGACAGUUUGAAACAGGAGAUGCGCAUGGUGUGCAAGGAGAAUCAAUUUUUGAACGAAAAACUUGCAGGGCCGCAAGGAGACAGAAGCUGUGCAAGUAGCACGAAAUCCUCCAAGAAAAUGGGAGGCUGCGAGAAAGGAAAUCGCGGUUCUAUUGAAACACGCAUGCGAAACUACUCGGAGACGACGGAAAACUUGGAAAAGCAACUCGCGUGCAUGGAGAAAAACGUGAGGAUGAUCCAGAACGAUUUGUGCUCCGUACAAAAGGAACGUCAACAUUUGGAACACCACAAAAAACAGAUGGCUUGCCCUCCGGAACCUCAACAUGUUUGCAAUCAACAGCAAAAAAGUGGGUCCCAAAACCAACAACUAUGCGAGCUAAAAGAGCAAUACAAAUGUUUACAAGACGACUUCAAAGGCAAACUAUGCGAAGUGGCCGGUUUAAGAACGGACAACGAGAGGUUCAAAACGUGCAUAGCAAAAAUGGAAGAGGAGAAACAGCUUGCGGAAGACAAAGUCAAAGUGUUGGAGGAAGAGUUGAGAAAACUAAGCGGAAAAGGAACUGGAACGCCGAAGGAAAACAUCAUGGAACUCGAACAAGAGUUGAAAGUUGCUAGACAACGAUUCAGGGAGGCUCAAGACGAGUUGGACGAACUGAGAGCUUUGAUUGAAGACCAACAAACCCAACUGGAUGAUUAUAGAAACAAAUACAUUGUAGCUCAACAAGAAGUUGAAGAGCAACGCCGUCAAAUAGACAUGAUGGAAAUGGAAAACAACCGUAUUAGCGAGCAAGUCAAUUUGGAAAUUCAACGUGUGAAGAACCAGUUCCAGGAAAAACUGCAGGAACUAACUCCACUACCCGAAGUUCUAAAAUGCACCCAAGUUAAGUUGCAGGAAGCUCAGCAGAUGCACAUGCUAGCGGAGAGGAAUAACGAAGCUAUGGCCAGAGAGCUACAACUGUAUAAGGAUAAAAUAGCUGAAAUAACCAAAGAACUAAACGAACUGAAAGGCUCCGAUGAUUCGGAAGAGAUGGCCGAAAAUACGGCGCGUCUGAGGAAGGAGCUGGAAGAUUUGAAGACGGAAUUGGCGUGUUGCAGAGUAAGUUUGACGGAAAUGAAGGAGCUCGCCGAAGAGAAGGACAAGCUGGCGCAGUCGAAGCUGCACGAGAUCGCGCAGCUUCAAGCGCAACUGGAGAGCGUUAGAGAGGAAUCCGCCAGACAAGUGGCCAGAACCAAGGACAGAUGCGAGACCGUGCGAAGGUCCAUGCAGAACCAAAUCUCGGAUUUGGAGAGGCAGUUGGCUCAAAGUAGAGCAACUGCAAGGACAGCGCAGAAAGAUAGGGACGAGAUUCGUCAGAAGAUGCAAGCUCAGAUAAAUAACCUCAACGAGAACUUUGAGGAUGCUCAAAUGAGGAUAAGGAACUUGCAAGGACAUGUCAACUUUCUGAAAACUUCCUACAAUACCGUGUUUACAAUGGACGAAAAAAAGCAAGAGGUGGAUCCGUGCAACUGUGGAAUGGACGAUUUUUAGCAUUUUUUGUACAAUAAAAUUCUUAAUACUAUAUUUUAUAUCUUUUAUUUAACGACGACAAGUUUUGUACAGUGCUUGAGCGGGCGGUGAAGCUUUCCCUUCCGCAGUAACAGCAUAAAGAGCGAUUUCAACAUCGUUUUUGAGAUCCACAUUAUGCAACAUAACCGUGGUACGUUCCCUGCACUUUAAACGCUCCUUCAACUCAUCAUUGGCGUACACUUCGUACCCGAUAACUUUCUCUGUGCGCGGCACUGACCACGUAACUAUUAGACUAUCCUGGCCACACCGUCUUGCAUCCAAAAUUUCAAACCCUGACAAGUCGAGCUUGUUUUUAUUAAUUUUUUUGCAUUCUUCUGUGGCACUGGAAGUCGAUUCAUUGGUGGUAUCGGUGCCGUCUCCCAUGAGUUUAUAGAGAAAACUAUCGCCAUCGCGCGUUUUUAACUCUCCCGUCAUUAUCUCUAUCAUUUGGUCUUUUUUAUUGCACUCUUCCUUAAGGUUGCCCAGAUUCACUUUGAGUUUGGACAUCGUGGCCUCUGCAGGCGAGUUUUUCUGGCACAUGGAUAUCAAAUCGUCGAUGAUUUUUUCCAAACGUAGUAUUUCGUCCCUGCAGUUACACUUUUCUUCGAUACUUUUUUCGAUCUCUUUCUUUAAAGUGGCAUCGUCCAUUUUGGUGAAAUUCAUUGAAUCGCUUUUUUCCGGCUUACGUUUUUUAGACUUUUUCUUUUUCACUUUAUCCUUUUGUUCGCAGUCAUCGCAAUCACACACUUCUAUGACGCAGGAGUUUCUUUUAUGUAGCUGCACCAACGACGAGGUUUUUUUAUUUCUAUCAUCUUCAUUCUUCGCUGUACAUGUAUCACAAGAGCAAUUGGUGGGACCAAAUAUAGGUGGUAUAGUUUUAGCCUCUUCACAUUUAUCUGUGCUUUUGCUAUCUUCUUUUCUCUGGGCAGUGCAUUUAUCGCAGCCACAUGUAUCACAAUUGCAUGGUUGAGCAACGGGAACUUCAAAAGCAGCAGUUUGAUUCCUAGCAUCUACACAUUCAUCUUUCAUGUCUUUUCUUUUACCAUUCUCUUUUUUGCUUUCUGUUCUUUUGGCGGUGCAUAUUUCGCAGCCACAUUUAUCACAAUCGCAUGGUUGAGCUACGGGGACUUCAAACAGAUUUAUAUUCUCUUCUAUUCUUUGCAAUUGUUGACUCUUAUCUUUACAGGGAUCAUGUUUUAUUUCCUUUGCAUCGCCACAAGGAUCUUUUUUGUUUUCUUUCACUGUAGUCGAGGAUUUGGUUUGAACCUCCUUGCAGGGAUCACCUUGACUACCAACUGUCUUACAAUCACAAGGUAUAGCGAUUGGAAUCUCAAAAGCCGACACUACUGCAUCCUUACAUUCUAUGGUGUUCAUGCUUUUAUUUAGCGAGACGUUUUGAGAGACUUUAGAUUUUGCCGUGCAUAUAAAACAUUCGCAUUUGUCAAUGUCCGACUGUGCUGCAUUGUUUGAGAAAAGAACUUUCAAUUCUUUGUUAUCUUCAGUUUUAAAUUCGCACUCUUUACAAAGACAUGUAAGGCAUUUACAACCCUCGGGGUGUACAUCUUUAGGUUUGUUUUUACUACCGGGACAUAUGCAUAUUUUGCAGGCGCAUAUUGAGCAAAAAUCGUUUUUCUUGUCUUCUAAAUUGGCUUUUGAUUCGCGUUUCUUACCCUUACAAGAACAAUCUUUUUUGUCUGUAUCAACAGUAGAGUGGAUUAAAAGACAGUCUGGGCAGAUACAUGGUCCACAUUUACACUUUUCAUCUUCGAUAUCUUUAGCUUUGUUGUUACUUCCAGGACAUAUACAUAGUUUGCAAGCACAAACUUUGCAAAAAUCAUUUGAUGGGUCAGAUAAUUUCGUAGAAUCCUUGCAAGGAUCUUUAGAGUCUCCUCCUUUUUGAUCUUGAGUUUUAAACAUGCAGUCAUCGCAUUUGCAAUCUCUGCAUUCGCAUUUAGGAACAAAUUUAACAUUUGAAGUUUUAGAUUCACUUUUCUUUACAUUCUCUUUGCAUGGAUCAUCCUCCUUUUUCUUAUCUUUAGAGUUUCCUUGGGAUUCACGUUUUACAUCAGCUUUUGAUGCCCUAUCUUUACAAGGAUCGUCCUUAUUAGUGUCUUUAGAUAGUAAAAGACAGUUGGAGCAGUUACAUGGUUCACAUGUACACUUUUUAUCUUCGAUUUUAGGUUUGUUAUUACUUUUAGUACAUUUGCAAAUAGCUUUGAUACACUCUUUAGAGCAUUCAUCUUCUUUUGAUGGGUCCGAUAUUUUCGUAGAAUCCUCGCUAGGAUCUUUAGAAUCUCCUCCUUUUUGAUCUUGAGUUUUAAACAUGCAGCCAUCGCAUUUGCAAGCUCGGCAUUCACAUUUAGGAACAAAUUUAACUGUGGAAGUUUUAGAUUCACUUUUCUUUAUAUCCCCUUUGCAUGGAUCAUCCUCCUGUGUCUUAUCUUUGCUUGGAUCAUCUUUGGAUUCACCAGAUUUUGAUGCCCUAUCUUUACAUGGAUCGUUCUUAUUAGUGUCUUUAGAUAGUAAGAGACAGUUUGAGCAGUUACAUGGUUCACAUGUACACUUUUUAUCUUCAACUUUAGAUUUGCCAUUGCUUUCAGCACAUUUGCAAACAGAUUUGUUGCAAUCUUUGGAGCAUUCAUCUUCUUUUGAUGGGUCUGAUUUUUUCGUAGAAUCCUCGCAAGGAUCUUUAAGAUCUUCACCUUUUUGGUCUUGAGUUUUAAAUUUGCAGUCAUCACAUUUGCAAGCUUGGCAAUCGCAUCCUUUGCUUGGAUCAUCCUUAGAGUUGCUUUGGGAUUUCCCUUUGACGUCAGUUUUUGAUGCCCUAUCUUUACAUGGAUCGUCCUUAUUAUCCUUAUUAUCUUUAGAUAUCAAAAGACAGUGUGAACAGUUACAUGGUUUACAUUUACACUUUUCUUCAUCGACAUCUUUAGAUUUGUUUUUACUUCCAGGACAUAUACAUAUUUUGCAAGCACAAACAUCACAGAAGUCAUCCUCUUUUUUCUUGUCCUUGCACGGAUCAUCUUUAGAGUUGGAUUUGGGUUCACCUUUUUUGCCCUUGCAAACAUCACACUGGCAAACUAUACAAGAACAAUCCGUAUUACUUUUAGCUUUAACAUCGGAUUUUGAUGCGUUAUCUUUACAUGGAUCGUCCUUAUUGCUGUCUUUAGAUUUUAAAAGACAAUCUGGACAGUUACAUGGUUCACAUUUACACUUUUCUUCAUCAACAUCUUUAGCUUUGUUGUUACUUCCAGGACAUAUACAUAUUUUGCAAGCACAAACUUCACAGAAGUCAUCAUCUUUUUUCUUGUCCUUGCACGGAUCAUCUUUAGAGUUGGAUUUUGGUUCACCCUUUUUGCUCUUGCAAACAUCACACUGGCAAACUAUACAAGAACAAUCCGUAUUACUUUUAGCUUUAACAUCGGAUUUUGAUGCGUUAUCUUUACAUGGAUCGUCCUUAUUACUAUCUUCAGAUUUUAAAAGACAAUCUGGGCAGAUACAUGGUUCACAUUUACACUUUUCAUCAUCGACAUCUUUAGCUUUGUUGUUACUUCCAGGACAUACACAUAUUUUGCAACCACAAACUUGGCAAAAGUCUUCAUCUUUUUGGCCAGCACAUUUACAAACAGAUUUGUUGCAGUCUUUAGAGCAUUCAUCCGGUUUCUUUGUUUCGGUUUCACCUUUUUGGUCUUGAGUUUUAAAUAUGCAGCCAUCGCAUUUGCAAGCUCGGCAUUCGCAUUUAGGAACAAAUUUGACAUUUAAAGUUUUGGAUUGAUCUUUUUUUACAUCCCCUUUACAUGGAUCAUCUUCUUUUUUCUUAUCUUUGCAUGGAUCAUCUUUAGAGUUGUCUUUGGAUUUAUCUUCUUUUACAACAUUUUUUGAUGCCCCAUCUUUACAUGGAUCAUCCUUAUUAGUGUCUUUAGCUUUUAAUCGACAGUCUGGGCAUUUACAUGGCCCACAUUUACACUUAUCAUCAUUGACAUCU